ACUGAGCCUCCACCGCUGCCAGCAGACUGCUCCUGUCUGCUCUCAAACAACUCGGAAACUGGGACCGUGCAAUUAACUUAACCACCGACCAGGGGAGGCCACGCACCGAGGAGAUCAAGACCGUUUCAGCUGCAAACACCACCGGAGAAACAGUUCAUCCAAAUCAGGAGUUGCUGGUGGAAACGCCAUAUUAAAGGUGGACUGGCUGCUGCCCGGUUGUCGUGGUAACGCUCCACCUUCACCAUGCCGUUCCCCUUCGGCAAGUCACACAAGUCCCCGGUCGACAUUGUGAAAAACCUGAAAGACAGCAUGACGGUCCUGGAGAAGCACGACAUCUCCGACAAGAAGGCAGAAAAGGCGACCGAGGAUGUGUCCAAAAGUCUUGUGGCCAUGAAGGAGAUUCUGUACGGUACAAAUGAGAAAGAGCCUCAGACUGAAGCUGUGGCUCAACUGGCUCAAGAACUCUACAACAGUGGUCUCCUCAGCACCCUCAUCGCAGACCUACAGCUCAUAGACUUUGAGGGGAAGAAAGAUGUGGCACAGAUUUUUAACAACAUUUUGCGGCGUCAGAUCGGCACCCGGACGCCCACAGUGGAGUAUCUGUGCACCCAACAGAACAUCCUCUUCAUGCUGCUCAAAGGGUACGAAUCCCCAGAGAUUGCCCUAAACUGUGGUAUUAUGUUACGGGAGUGCAUCAGACACGAACCUUUGGCUAAAAUCACUCUGUGGUCGGAGCAGUUCUACGACUUCUUCAGAUACGUUGAGAUGUCCACGUUUGACAUCGCCUCUGACGCCUUUGCCACGUUCAAAGACCUCCUUACGAGACACAAGCUACUGAGUGCAGAGUUUCUGGAGCAACAUUAUGACAGAUUUUUCAGUGAAUACGAGAAGUUGCUCCACUCUGAAAACUACGUGACUAAAAGGCAGUCUCUGAAGUUACUGGGAGAGCUGCUUCUCGACCGACACAACUUCACGAUAAUGACGAAGUACAUCAGUAAAUCGGACAACCUCAAACUCAUGAUGAACCUGCUCCGAGACAAGAGCCGCAACAUACAGUUCGAGGCUUUCCACGUUUUUAAGGUGUUUGUUGCCAACCCAAACAAGACGCAGCCCAUCCUGGACAUCCUGCUGAAGAACCAGACGAAACUGAUCGAGUUUCUCUCCAAAUUUCAAAACGACCGAACGGAAGACGAGCAAUUCAACGACGAAAAAACUUACCUGAUCAAACAGAUCCGGGACCUCAAAAGGCCUCCACCCCAGGAGACCUAAAACUGGACCCAAGGGAGACCAGGGAGAGCCUGGGACCAGGGCUGCAUAUGGACCCUAAUGCAGUGGCUGGUCUGGCUUUGGAUAAGACUUACUCCCAACAAAAACUAACGUCAAAUAUCCCCAAAUCAACCUAUUGGAAACCGCCAGCUCCUCCGCUCCAAUCUGGAUCGUUAUUUUAACAUUUUGCAACUGUUUUCCUUUAAAUAUAGAUGCUGCUGCUUUCUUGCACACUUGAAACAUGUAACGUGUACUAGCCAGUUCACAAAACGUAUAAAUUAAUGCCAGAGUUUGCUCAUUAAAAUGGUAGAAACAUUUUAAAUCAAACACACAAUAAUCCGUACUGUGUCAAAGUCUUGUAUUUUCAAAGAGACUAUGAAUAAAUACAACAGUAAAAUGUAUAAAAAUUUACCAAAUUUCACUGAUAAUUAGAUAAUCGAGAUUGGAAUUGCUUUAGAAAGAAUACGACAAAAUAGUAAACCUUGACCAGGAAUGACAUUUUAAAAUGGUAUAAUGGGUACAAUCUUUAAAACUAAACAUUUUAAGUUACAAAUUUUGGUCAGCAUUACAAAAUAGUAAAGAUUUUGAACACAUGUGAUCCAGGCAUUACAAAGAACAUUAUAAAGAAAAAAAAAAACAAUACAAAAUUACACAAGGCAACCAAAUUAGUCCUUAAAAAUGUGUUUAUUCAUAGACUUUUUGCAAAAUAUGCUGUAAGAAAGCUAUCAAGUCUUAACACAGUACUAAAUGCACAUGCUUUUUAACAACAACAACACAAAUGAAUGAGUAAACCGUGGUAUCAGGAACUAUAUAAUUAGAUGUAUUGUGGUCUCUAAUGGCCAAAGCUCCAUCAGGUCUCCAGUCUCCAGUAAUGAAACGCAUGCGCACCACCUACCGCCCUACCACUACAGUGCAUCAAAGCCUUCAUCCUUGUUCAGCAUCUGUGGUUUGGUCUAAAUGAUUUAUGGGAAAGGGCUCUUAAGAAGCAUCAGAGACGUCAAUCAAAUCAGGUCAUGAAGGGUAGAGCUGCACAUUAUGAGAAACUAAGCAAAUUCAGACCAGCAAUUGCGUCGAAGGUUGCAAAAAGCAUCGGGGGUGUUUGGGGAAUCUCUUUUCGAUAUGGCGAAUUUAAGUUAGUAUUAUGAGUAUAUAGGUUUGAGCCCAGUUUGAUCCGGUUUGGGUUUGGUUUGGGUCAUUUCUAGUCCUGGUUUAGAAUCUAAUUUUGUUGUGUGGCGUGUGUGUGAGUUAAAAUCCAAAAUAAAACCAUGAUUUCACCAGGACUGAAUAACGGGUUUGUAAGAGCGAAAUCAGCUCAGUUCAGAAAGAAAAUACAAACUUAUGUCAAAAUCAAGACCAAACAUACAAAAAGGUCUAAACAAUGGAAAUCUAAAACAGAAUUUCACUGGAAUUAAAAUGACUAAAUUAGGGCUGGGAUAUAAAGCAAAAAGAAACAAAUUUUUUCUCACAAUCAUGAUUUUCCAGUUUUGUUUUGUUUAUUGUAUCAAGAGGACAUGCUUUUAGUCUAACAUUAACAUCUAAAAUCCAAUGAAUUCCAUCAGAACUGAACAAAACGGCUCCAAAUGACAUGCUUUUAUUGCGACUAUUUGAUUAAAAAACCUUAAGGUCAUGAACUAUUUGAAACCACUUCUUCAUUAUCAGAAUUUUUAACACUUUUUUUUUUUUUUGCUGUGUUCAUAUUGUGCAGCUCUAAUGCGGGUAUUGCUCUGUUUUAACUCAAAAUGCAAAGGAUGAACUUGCCAGAAUUUGAUUUCUUUAUUGUAAUUUUGGGACAGGGUUAACGUGUACAUAUGCCUUUUUUGCUUUGAUUCAUUUUACAUUAACAUUAUUAUUACCGUCACAUUUUUGGUUUAUUGUAUCAAACCUUCUUAGCGCAAAGAUGUUAAAAAUGCACAUUGUAACUUUUCUGGUACAGGGAUACGCCGCAUGCUUGUCUCCAUGACGACGCUGUUACUUGGCGAUGCAUGUUCCGCACUAUGAUUUUAAACUUCUCUUGUAUUUAUUCAGUUACGGAUGUUUAAAUUGCUGAAUAAUAUUGAAAAACAUGUGAGUGGCGUCGCCUCUCCGCGGAUCUGAUCUCGACCCUGAACUUGCCUCUUGCUUGUCUUCGACGAUAUAGUUUCCUGCAAUACUUUGGAACUUUAUAAUAGCAUUUCCAUGGAGACAGACUGGCGGCGGACCCUGAAAAGUUGCACAGUGUGGCUUUAAUUCACAUUUCAUUUUGCGUUUUCAUAUUCUGCUGAAAGGGUUGUUGCUGGCUUUUGUGGGGUUUCUUCUUGUACAUAACUUAAAGGGCCAGCACACAAUUAGCUAAUCUAUAGGAUAUUAACAAUUGUACAGCAAAGGAAUGUCAUGCGAUGUCAGCUCUGAAUCUGUUUAUCCUUUUUUUUUUCUCCGUUUUGACUUUUUGACAGUGAAGCGAGUCAUUUGGGAGAGCAUUAAAAACAAAGCUUGCCAUCUGCCACUUUUUGAGGUGCAAACUUGUUCACUAUUUUGCUGGUUGCCUGUGCUGUGGCAAUUUGGCAUGCCAUAUUUAGUUUCCCUUUACUACUCAAUAUUCAAGCUUUGGAAGGGUUUUAUAAUUCCAGUACAAUUACAAGUGCUAAGCAUUGUGGGUAGCUGAGUUAUCUGGGCAUGAGUGCAGCUAAGUAUUACUACAGUUCAUUUGCAGUGAAUUGCACGGUCACUCUUGUAUGGUUUACAUUCAAACAGCUGUAGUACGUUUCAGCGCAGGGACUUUGAAGAUUUGGUCAGAUUCAUCCUAAUAUAAUAUAACUUCAUUGGACUUGCAUGCUCCUCCAUUGGCUGUGCAUGAUGCUGUACUGAAAACGUUGUACUGGAAUUGUUAACUUGCCCCAGUAUUUAAUUACACUGAAAUGACUGAUUUCCUCUGACCACGUGGCCUGGUGCGGACUGGACUCCAGUUACAGCACAGAGCAGUGUGUGGGUGCUUUCAGAAGUGUCAAAGGCCUGGGCCCUGCAAUUAAAAUAAAUAAAAACAUUUGGAAUAA